GGGUACCGUUUCACAAAGCAGUCGUAAGUCUUACGUGCGUGUAAAACUGGCGUAACUCGGAAAUACUGAACUAGGGGCGUUUCACAAAGCUAGUGUAAUAUUACGUCUGUGUAAAAUUGGCGUAAACUCUACGUGUGGUCUUGGGGUGGUGUAAAUAUUUACGCAAGCGAUAAAGAUGGCGUUCAAUCCAAACACGGAAGAGAUUUCCAAAAAAGUAUGUAAGCGAGAACGUGUUUUCCGCGACAGGUCGAACCCCUCGACGAUUUGGAUGAUCAUGACAUCAUCGAGAGGUACCGCCUAUCACGACACAUGAUAUUUUCUAUCAUUGGUAAAGUGAGUGACAGACUUGAACAUCAAACCCAGCGUUCCCAUGCAAUACCACCUUACCUUAAUGUUUUAAUUGCUCUGAGAUACUUUUCCAAGGGUGGGUUUUACAGUGAGAUUGCCGAUAUCCACGGUGUGAGUAAAUCCUCCGUCUGCAGAGCAAUCCACGCAACAACAGACGCAUUAUGUGCAACCAUGGGUGAUUUUGUAUUUCCCACAAUGCCUUCCACUCAGAAGAGUACCAAAGAAUCAUUCUUCGACAUAGCUGGAUUCCCUAAAGUACUCGGUGCAAUUGACUGCACACUCGUACCCAUAAUGGCGCCGAAACGUGACGAAGUAGCCUACGUUUGUCGGAAGGGUUACCACGCACUGAACAUACAGGCAGUAUGUGAUGCCAACAUGAGAUUUACAAACUGUGUCUUCAAGUGGCCUGGCUCUGUCCAUGACAGUUAUAUAUGGAAUAACUCUGCCCUUGGUCAGUACUUUGAAAAGAAGAAUAUUGAUGGAUGGCUGCUUGGAGACUCUGGAUAUGCCUGCAGACCAUGGCUGCUGACCCCGGUGCUCAAUCCCAGCUCAGAAGGACAGGAGAAAUACAAUAGAUGCCAUAUCAAGACACGGAACACAAUAGAGAGAGCAUUUGGCUUGUGCAAGUCAAGAUUUAGAUGCCUUCACAAGACAACUGGUGUAUUACAAUUCACCCCAGAAAGGAGUUUGUGUGUUGUCCGGGCUUGCUUCUUGUUGCAUAACAUGUGCAUCCAUGAAAGAAUACCACUUCCCCAGGGCAUUGAGCUACUCAGAGGAGAGGGAACUGCCACCGAGUUGCCAUGUGCUGCUGACUUCCAAACAACAAGCUCUGGUUGUGAUGGACUGUCAGCAAGACAUCAAUUAAUUUUGCAUAAGUUCACUUAA